AUGAUCAUCCAGAAGCUCAUCUUUCUCGCAUUGGCGCACCCAGCAGCCCUCGCCGCGGCCGCCCCCUCCUCGAAGGCCCUCCCCUUCGUCAUCAACACCUGGGGCGGCCCCUUCACCGCCGCCACGGACGCGGCCUUCCUCGCGCUGCACAGGUCGAAUGGCUCGGCCACGGCCCUGGACGCCGUCGAGAUCGGCUGCACCACCUGCGAGGACAACCAGUGCGAUGGCAGCGUCGGCUUCGGCGGCUCGCCCGACGAGGAUUGCGAGACCACCCUCGACGCCAUGAUCAUGGACGGCACCACCAUGAAGUCGGGCGCCGUCGCCGCCCUCCGCCGCGUCAAGCACGCCGCCUCCGUCGCCCGCGCCGUCCUCGAGCACACCUCCCACACCUUACUCGCCGGCGACCUAGCCACCGCCUUCGCCGUCCAGAACGGCUUCGCGGAGGAGGACCUCACCACCCCGGCCUCGUUAGAGAAGUGCACGUCCUGGCGCGCCGCCAGUUGCCAGCCCAACUACCGCCUCAACGUCUCCCCGGACCCAGAGGCCUCCUGCGGGCCGUACGCGCCCCUGAGACAGCUCGCAACGAGGAUCGAUACCCCCCAGGCCUCCCACGACACCAUCUCCCUCAUCGCUAUCCACCAGGACGGCUCCAUGGCGGCGGGCACCUCCACCAACGGCGCCUCGCACAAGGUCCCCGGCCGCGUCGGCGAUGGCCCCAUCACGGGUUCCGGCUCCUACGUCGACGGCGACGUGGGCGGCUGCGGCGCCACGGGGGACGGCGACAUCAUGAUGCGCUUCCUGCCGUGCUACCAGGCCGUCGAGAACCUGCGGCGGGGCAUGGCGCCGAAGGAGGCGGCCGAGGACGCCGUGCGGCGCAUGGUGAGAAAGUACCCCGAGGUGUCGAGCGGCAUCGUCGUCGUCGACAAGGACGGGAACCACGGCGGCGCUGCUAGCGGGUGGACCUUUACGUAUGCCUACCGCGGAGGGUCUAUGAAGGAGACUGUGGUUGUUUCGGUCGAGCCUGUUGAGAGUUUGCAUCGGGAGCUGUAA